UUACUGAAUGAAUCUUUUACUGAACUGAUUCAAAAGAGUCACUAGACCACUGGCGCUGAUCGAGGAAGGGAAGGGAAGGGAAGGGGAGGGGCAGGAAUGCGGUCCACGCCGAUGUAAUGCUUCAACUGAUCUGAAUGCCUGUUUGCCUUUGCCAGUAUCACUGCAACUCUGCGAUCCAGAAAUUACUGGAGUGUUGUGCCGUGCAAAACAUUUUACUCGCGUGGCUGAUGGAAAAGGAGCCCCUUAAACAUGUGCGCGAACGUUUUCGGCGCGUUGAAGAGCCUAUUUGGGAAGCCAUUUGAUGGUGGUAAAAGGACAAUGGAUCAUGGCGGUCAGCAGUCUCAGACUCAGCAGAUGCCAGGACCCUUCGCAGCUUUUGCAGGACAGCAGGGCCCAUAUCCUGGGCAGCAUCCAGCUUUGUCACGGCUGGAUGAAGUGCAGAAGGAGAUCGCCUCACUGGGCCCUCAGGUGUGCUCUUACAGCGGCCUGCAGAACAACAGAGAAUAUAAAAGAUUGGAGCGUGAGCUGACCCGAUUACUGCUGGAGGUUGAUAAGGUGGAGACAGAAGGUCGUCCGGAGCUCCAGCUGCCUCGUAAGCGUGCAGCAGGAGAGGUAGAGGGUCUGCUCCACUACCUGGAGAGCAAUGCCACACAUCCAUCCCGGCUGGCCAUUGAGGAACUGACCCAAGAGGCGAGGAACCUGUUGAAUGAAGGGGUUGUGAUGCCCUUUCGUCAGGGCCAGGCUCUAGAUGCCUUUGAAAUCAGUGAGGAGCUGGUGGAGGCUGUGCAGGAUGUGGCCAUGCGGCUUGCGCAAGUAAAGACGGGAGGAAGUGUACCACUCAGGAAAGCCCGUUAUAAGGCGCUGACACGGAUCUGUGCCGUACAGGAGAUACUGGAGGGUCGUGUACAAACUCAUACGCUGGCACUACCACUGUCGGAUGACACACAUGAGGCUGUGCAGGGUAUUAAUGAAGUAAUGUCGCAGGUGAGUGGGGCCCGCUGCCAGGAAGUGGCUCUGCUGAUGGGUCUGAGUGGGCGUGACAGCUGUGCCCACUUAGCGAGGAUCCUUACAGAACUGCUGGUUAAACUUGAUGCCCUGGAUGUGUCUAGUAAUGCUGCUGUGAGGAACUACAGAAAACAAGUGGUGGAGGAGAUCAACGGCCUGUUGAAACAUCUUGACCUGGAGGGUGAAGGAGAAGACACACACAGGUAUGAUCUAGCACAGAAUGACUCUAUUCGUGAAAUUGAGGCUAUCAGGGGUCGUGUGUCAGUGCUGCGAGAAGAGGUGCUUCGGCAUGGAGCUUCUGGACAGGGAAUAGAGCUGCAGGGUCUCCUUAACCAUCUGGACCAGGUAAAUACAGGCCGAAAUCCCUGCAUCCGGGAGGCGCGACGCAGGGCUGUGCUAGAGGUGCAGGCGCUCAUCACCUUCCUAGACCUCUGGGAAGCACUAGGACGACGUAAUCCAGGGCCAGAUGAACCUCCACCUCAUGCAGCCGUGUGGCGAGUGCUGGGCAGUUUGUGUGAUCUGCAGGCCCAGGUGUUGGGCUUCGAUGGCAAAAGGGCCGACAAGAGCUACAUGGUGUUGGAGGAGCUACUGACCAAACAACUUCUGGCUCUUGACGCUGUGGACCCUCAGGGUGACCAGGGGACCAAAACUGCCCGUAAGCAAGCUGUUAAACAUGCCCAGAAUAUUCUUAGUUAUCUGGAUAUGAAGACGGAUGAGUGGGAGUACUGAGUGGAUAAGACACUGGAUUGCCCUGAUUAAAGAUCAGCAAAUGUGCAACAUAUUAGGACUAGCACGGCCUUGGCAACCAUACAGGCCAUGGGUGAAAUUUUUAAUUUGUAUAUAAAAGACUGUGUAUCGCCAUGGGUAGCGACACUGUUACCCAUGAUGCACUGUACCUGCUGCUUUUGUUGGCCCUUUACUGGUCCCUGAAAACAGCCAUCUUCUGGCAGGAGUUGCAGUUACUACUGCAUAUGAAGCUUUUGUUUUCCUGACAAUAAUCCAUGAUCUUUUUGGUUGAAUCUGAGCUGUUGGUUGGUGUGGUGUGGUGCUAAACCCUGUUCUGCUGCCAAAAUCUGCUUUCUGCUUUACCACAUGCCUGUGUGGAGCACAUGUUGUCUUUUUCGCAGUGUGAACACGUCAGCGCUUCAGUCUUGUCAACUAUAACCCAUUUGGUAACACAUCAUUCCCUGAUUUGACCACAACAUACUCAUAAUGAGGCCAUUUCCAGAUAAUUACAGUGAUAGUUCACCCAAAAAUUAAGAUUUACUCACCAUUCCAAACACACCCAAACAAAAGUUUCCUCUGGUUUUUGAACACUAAAGACAAUAUUUUGACAGCUGAAAACCUAAAACCAUCAAAUUCCAUAGUGGAAAAAACAAAUAAUAGAACUUAUAGUCAAUGGUAAGAGAAUAUCCAGAUUAUUAUAUAUUUUUUUUCAAAAUGAUUUCUUUUGCAAUCAACUGUUAAAAAAGAAAACACUUGCAACAAUAUUUACAACAAGAAAAAGAACAGUUUUCAGUUUUGGGUGAACCAUCACUUUAAAAGGUCAGACAAGCUUAGUGUUCAUAGCUGCAGUUAGAACCCGAGCUCUUCAUAUAUAAACCCUGCAUAUAAACAACGACUGACCCCACAUGUUGGAACAUUAUUUUUGGUUUUCAAGCAACUUCUACAUAUAACCCCCAGUUUAAUUUAAGGACAUUGCAUUGAAAUAAACACUGCUUUGCAAUGUCAGUUUAAAA